GCCUACUAAGCGAAUGGAGAGUUGACACGAAGGCCAAGCGGGUAGUUUGACUCCUCUCCACAGCCCACACCAACCUCCUACGGAGAGGAAACCGAGGCGACAAUCUGCCGGGAUGGCCGCUGCCGCCGCAUCCUCCUCGCCUCCGGCCGCCAUCACCUGCCGAGCGGCGGUGGCGUGGGGCCCGGGGCAGCCGCUGGUGAUGGAGGAGGUGGAGGUGGCGCCGCCGGGGGCCAUGGAGAUCCGUGUCAAUGUCGUCUCCACCUCCGUCUGCCGCAGCGACGUCACCUUGUGGCAGUCCAAGGCGCAACCUGAUCUGUUUCCCAGAAUUUUCGGGCACGAAGCAUCCGGAGUAGUAGAGAGUGUCGGUGAAGGGGUGACUGAAUUCCAAGUAGGAGACCACGUACUUACUGUCUUCAUCGGGGAAUGCAAGAGCUGCAAGCACUGCGUCUCGGGGAAGAGCAACAUGUGCCAGAAGCUCGGUUUGGAGAGGAAGGGUGUCAUGCACAGCGAUCAGAAGACCCGCUUCUCGGUUAAGGGGAAACUAGUGUACCAUUACUGUGCAGUGUCAAGCUUCAGCGAGUACACAGUUGUCCAUUCAGGAUGUGCGGUGAAAGUUGGUCCAAACGUGCCGAUGGACAGGGUGUGCCUGCUGAGCUGCGGCGUGUCUGCAGGACUUGGUGCAGCCUGGAAUGUUGCUAAUGUAUCAAGGGGCUCAAGUGUAGUUAUAUUUGGUCUUGGAACUGUAGGACUCUCUGUAGCUCAAGGUGCUAAGCUGCGGGGGGCAUCCAAGAUUAUAGGAGUUGAUACUAAUCCUGAGAAGCAAGAAAAGGGGAAAGCUUUUGGUGUUACAGAUUUUAUUAAUCCGGAUGAAUUGAGUGAACCUGUUCAGCAGGUAGUCAAAAGGAUUACUGAUGGAGGUGCAGAUUACUCUUUUGAAUGUGUGGGUGAUACUGGAGUAGUCUCCACUGCGCUUCAAUCAUGUUCUGAUGGUUGGGGAGUGACUGUAACUCUUGGUGUACCAAAAGCAAAGCCAGAGGUGUCUGCUCAUUAUGCAUUCCUUCUAUCUGGAAGAACACUGAAGGGAUCUUUGUUUGGAGGAUGGAGACCUAAAUCUGAUCUACCUUCAUUGGUGGAUAAGUAUGCAGACAAGGAAAUCCAAGUUGAUGGCCUAGUCACGCAUGAUAUAUCAUUCGAUGACAUCAACAAAGCGCUUGAGCUGAUGGUAGAAAACAAGUGCUUGCGAUGUGUGAUUCACAUGCCACACUGACAGCGUUGAACAACUGCACAUGAUUUCCACCAUAUGCUUUACAAUUGUUAUUAUAUCUGCUGUUUCCCCCUCGAUCACCCUUGUGGCUCCAGUACUCAUCAGCACAUCACAGCUCAACCUUUUUGGCGUUUUCUUGUCCUGGUAAAUUUUGGUGUUGUAAGUCGAAGUACAGCAUUAUCAAGAGAAUCUUAUCCUA